CAUAGUUUGCGAUCAACGCCAGGUAGCAACACAGACCUCUCGUUCCCUGCUAAACAGAAAUAAAUCAAAAUGUUCCGAUUGGUGGUGUUGUCUACUGUUUUGGCUAUCGCAGCAGCUGCUCCGGGUGCCAUUUUGCAAGAACACUCGCCCGAGAUUCAUCAUCCAGCGGUUGUUGCACACAAGGAAAUCACCUACCAGAAGAGUAUCAUUGAAGAACCAACCUAUUCUCACGUGGGAACCGUUGUGAAGCAUGUCCCAACCGCAGUUACCCACCACAGUUCCUCGAUCAUUCACCAUGAUGCCAAAAUCUCUGAACCAAUUUUCGUUCAUGGUGUAAAGAAGACUGUCGUUGAGACUCCAGUUGAGAAAACCGUGUAUCACACCGUGGCUGCUGCCCCUGCCGUCAAAACCACCUACGUCGAAGCCGCCCCAGCUCAAACUUACGUUGUUGCUCCAGUUGCAAAGGCCGUUCACGUGGAAAGCGCCCCAGUGCACUCCACAUUCACCAAAACAACUUACGUGGAUGCUCCAGUUUUCAAUUCCGCGCACUACGAUGAUUCUUCAGUGCUGACCUAUGCUGCUGCCAAGGCCGCAUUUGCUGAAGAUGAACUGGCUCUGGCACAUGCUUCCGCUCCGGUUGUUCACAUUGAUAGCUACCCUGGUUUCCACGAAUAUUACACCAAACAUUGAACGAACACGAAAAGACUGAUUCUUCGUUUAUUCACGAUUUCUAGGUAAUGCGUAGAAAAAAUAUGAAUAAAUUGUUUGACCUUUUUUUUA